AUGAAAAAACUUCCCUUAAAGUUUUCUCGCAACGGAGGCUCUGCUCCAGUUGUUGACGAUGAAUAUUCAAAUAACAUUGAUAAACAUACUUCGAAUUUCCACCACUCAAAAAUCAAAACUCAUCAUCGCAGUACAACACAGGAUAUUAUGAAAGAAAUGAAUGAAAGAGCAAAAAGUAUACUUGAAAGCACCUCAUUUGAUUCCACACCGAAAAAACUUUCUACAUCCCCAAGUUCUUCGCCUUUAGCUCUUGCAUCUGUUUCUGCAAAGCUGUCUUCCAGAAAUUUUAAUAAACACAGCCAAAGAUAUUUCAAGGCUCAUCAAAAGGGGUUUGCGAAAAUGGAAGGUAUUGAUCAGCAUUACACUGUUAACUCAGGAAAUGGCACUCGGCAAAUCCAUGUUCAAGAUCGCAAUUUUUCCGAAAGGCUCGGAAAACGUAUUAAUUUGAAUUCCAACUUACCAAAGCAUUCUAUUUUAAACUCUUCUCCAUCUCCAAAAUAUUGCGAAAAGUCUUGUACUGAUAAGCCAGAUUUGAAGACACCAUCCCAUCUACGCACUACUCCAUUAAAUCUUCUAAACCAAACGCCCGAGCAAGACUCUCCAAAAAGACUAUCAAACCAAUUAAUUUUAUCAUCUUCUAAACGUAGAAGAGUAAGCGAAAUUGGUCAUAUGCAAGAAAUGGAGAAUUCUAAUUCAAUUUUGGAAUAUGAUCAAAACAGUCUUUUUUCCCGGUCAAAUCUACGCUCAGGAGUAAAUUUGGACUACAAAGAAAGUUGUCUUCCAAAUCAGUCAAAGCCAGACAUCAGAGUCAACACCUUGAAACCAUCUUUGCAAGUGAACACAAGUAAUCUAACAUUAUCACCCACAAAACCUUGUACAAAUAAAUCGCAUAUAAGGUCAAUUUCCCCAACACCAUGUCCACACCGUGACUUCAGUCCGGACUUACCCUCAACGCAUCAAGAAGACCUUCAAAAACUACGCCUAUCCAGACCUACUUUAAAAAUUCAAAAGCAAUCAUUUCCAACAAAAAAUAUGAGAGAACCUUUUCAGUCUCUUCGGACAAAUUGCAAAAUUCCUUCAAAUUCUAAUUUAAGGAGAAUAGAGAGCAAUGAGCAUUUAGCAGUAACAAAAACCCGUCAAAAAACAUUGCUGCCUUCAACCUCUUCCAUAAAACCGAUUGUUUCGUCAGCUAACUUUAAUACAUCAGCAUCUAUUCAUACAGGAAAUCAUGACCAAGUCAUUCGUAGGACACCAUCGUUAAAUGUUUUAACAUCUUCUUCAAAAAACUACAGUUCACACCCUUCAAAAAUCCCUAUUUCUUCAUCAAGCAUGGCGCUGUCAUCAUUUAACAAUUUAGGAGUGUCAAUGAUACCGCUAAAGACACAUGGGACUACACAAGCCUCUUAUGCUUACUCUGGUUCUUCUGAAUCUUCAUCAUUGCCAUCGCCGUCAUCAUCAUUGAUUCCAUCGUUAUCUGCAUCAGUUUUACCUUAUCCAUCUAGACUAGAACGAUCUAAAUACUUUACUAAAUCAACACCAAACCUUUCGAAAUCAUCAUGGAAUAACAAUAAUACGCAAGGUAUUACGGGUUCUACUCUUCGAUAUACAUCUGGGCGAAAUAGAUGUGUUUCAUCGAAUAAGUAA